AUGAGCGAUAAUCAGAAUCUCCAAUCGAGCCCGCGCAAGCGCCGUAGGCCGGCAUUGAGUUGCGAACAAUGCCGUCGCCGAAAAGUCCGAUGCGACCGCCAAAUGCCGUGUGGCCCCUGCAAAAAGGUCUAUGGGUCGAUGGACUGCUCCUACGUCCAUGAAGGCAAAGCUGCCUUAUCCACCCGACGCGAUGCGAUGAGGACUAGUGAGAAUGAGUCCCCACCUUAUCUUGAAUCGCAGCAAGGGGUUGUGGAUAUGCCGAUGAGUGGCUUCGAUGGAGGUCGCAUCGCGCAGAUGGAAUGUACCAUUCGGGUGCUGCAGGAUCGCAUUGAAAGCUUAGAGCAGUCAGCUCAGGGAAGCUCUUCGCAGUCACAACCGGUUGAAGAAAAUAAUCCCUUGGGACUAACACGUGCCAACGGUUCAAAUAGUCGUCUGGUUGACCGCGACGGGCAGUUCGCUGGCAGUAGACAGGAUGGACCACGUCAGCCCCAGACACUGAUCGCCCCAUUACAGCCUCGUCUGAAAGGAACUGGGGAGAAGACGAGACUCUUUGGAACUACCCAUUGGGCGAUUGUAUUUCAACAGGUACGCAACACGGCCAGUUAUUCCAAUGAAAAACAUAAUGAUAUCAGCAAACUCCUCAAGGAGGUCCGGUCACUGAGGCGAUUGAUCAAGGGUCAACAGGCCCCGCGACUUAUGGAUCCAACUCCGGCUCUGCUUAACGAUCUUCCUUCGCGUGAGAUUUGUGAUGAGCUCGUGCGGCAUUAUCUGCGAACUCUGGGACUCAUAUACCGGGUCCUACACGUUCCAAAAUUUUAUGAAGAAUAUGAACGCUUCUGGGAAAAUCGCGCGUCAGUUUCGACUGCUUUUAUGUUCAAGCUUCUACUGAUUCUUGCUAUCGGUUCUAUCUUCCAUUGCAAGCCAGGGCCAUCUAGUGAAGUUGGUAUCCCUGUUCGCCGUUGGGUAUAUGCGGCGCAGUGGUGGCUGGCGGGCCCAUUCGAAAAAGAAUCUAAUAACUUGGAGGGAUUGCAAGUUCACUGUCUACUACUCCUCUGUCGGCAAGCAUAUGCGAUGGAUAAAGAAGUUAAUUGGACCUCCGUGGGUACUUUGAUGCGACAAGCUAUUCAUCAAGGCCUUCAUCGUGACCCGAAGAAUUUCCCAACUCUCUCUGUAUUCGACAGUGAAAUGAGACGGCGCAUUUGGGGCACAAUAAUUGAGAUCAAUGUCCAACUGUCCAUCGAUGCCGCUAUGCCUCCUUUGCUAGGACCGAAUGAUUUUGAUACACUACCACCAUCGAAUAUUGAAGACGAGGACUUCGACCAUACAACCGCAUCUCUGCCACCUCCUCGGCCCACUGGCUUUUAUACGAGUGCAUCUCUGCAGAUACUUCUUCUGGAGUCGUAUCCACUGCGAUUACAGGUCGCGCGAACGAUCAAUGAGUGUGCACAGGAGCAGUCGUACGAAAAUGCUUUACAGCUUGGCAAUGAACUGACUACAUCCUGCAAAGAGAUGUCACAUCGCUUCCAUACAUUUAUCUCUUGUACGGGAAAUCGACCUAUGCGACCGACACGAUUUCAUCAUCGACUACUGGACACCUUACUGCGCCGCUUUAUCCUGAAUCUGUAUCGCCCAUUUACCAUUGAAGCUACUCACGACCCACGAUUCUAUCUUUCCCGAAAACUCAGCCUAGAGUCCGCCCUCGUUACGGCUUCCUAUGGCGAUGCACCUAGCGAUCCUUUCGAUAAUGAAAUACCCCAUCGAGACUUUCAGCGACUCUCCUUUUCGGGCGCGGGUUUGUUUAAAGGUUAUCUCUCUCUAGAUGUGAUGGUCGUAAUCGGCCUUGAGAUCAUCACCCAAAUGGAGGAUGAGGUUGCUAGUCAACCCGUGGGGUCGAGCUCGUUGCCCUUUGACUCGGUAGACCAGAUGGCCGAAGCAGCUCGUGCACCUCUUGUACAAGCUCUUGAAAAAUUGAUGGAUCAUCUCUAUCAAGGCUUGGCUGCUGGCAUCCCCAGCAUGAAACGGUAUUGCCUGCUUGGGGGGAUCUUGGCCCAAGUCCGGUCCGUCCCUCGCGGCCAGAAGGCAGAGGUAUCUCAUAUCCGAGAAGCCUUUAUGGAAACUAUGCUCACUUGUCGUACUUUGCUUCAACAGCAUAUUACCGGUGAAAGUCAGGUCUCCGCUGAAGACGGGAUGCCAUCUCUUACACCCGUAGAUGGGAUGGCUGGUUGGACACCGGAGAGUGUGAUGGGAUCAAGUUUGGAUUCGGAAUUUAUGAUUCCUAAUCUUGGGUUUGAGGACUUAAGCUUUUGGGAUAUCCCUGCGUUUGCUGACCCUGCUGUAUUCGACCCACAACAGUUAGGAUAA